AAUGUCGAAAUAGAAAAGUAUUUGGCUAAAUGAGUGUAAUAGUAACUGUAAUAUUUUAAAACAUUAGUGAUUUUCUUAAAGCAUAACCUAGCUACAAUAAAAUGAAUGAUGUUUGUCAAACAAAACUACAUCUCAACGUUUACAGCACAGUAAUAAUAAUAUUUUAAUAGUUUUUUUUCACAAAAUCGUGUUACUUUUUCGUACAUCAGAAUAGUAUAGUAUAACUCUUAAUCUUAACUAACUAGGACGACGAUAAUGAUGUCAGCAAAACUGAAGAAUUCUACAUCAAUUACUCUGGAAGGUCAUUUCUUUAUCAGAUUAACGAACCUUUAUUUAUCCCGCUUUAAGAUAUUGACGAUCAUGCUGUUGGCGCUACUCGAAUUAUCCACUGUAGUUGUGACCGCCGCGCCAUUGACUUUGGAAAACGAAUGGACGGCGGUGGUCAUACCCAUUACACGAUCACCAGUCACUACCCAUAAAGUCCGAAAUGCAACAAAAAUCGAUCCUUUCCAAAACUGGUGGAGCUUAAUUGGUAUGAGAUAUUCGAAACGAUCUUGGACGACGGCGAAAUACAGUACUUUCAGUGGAUCUUCUUACAGUGGUAUGGGCUUAAAUAAAAAUUACAAUGGUAAGAAUCCCCACGAUGAGAAAAAAUUUGGUAAAAAUAAACACGAGAAGAAUAAAGGUGGUAAGAACCACUACGAUAAGCAUUGUGGUAAAAACCUACAUCGGGAACACUGUAGCAAGAACCAGUGUGAUAAUCCUUUUGAAAAAAACCGCCAUGAAAAGCACUGUGCUAAAAACCGAAACAGCGACGGUCGUCAUGGUAAGAAUUACCAUGAACAAAACAAGCUGCAUAAUAUGAAAAAAUGCAAAAAGCAGCACAAAGAGUUUAUCAUAGACAAUAAGGUUAUUGUCAACAUCAAUAAAAAUCGAACGCCUAGUACGACACUAUUACCGGUAAAAACAAAGGCACCAGUUCUGGUCUCGACCACGCAUAAAUGUGCUGAGCAGAGUAGUAUUUUCUCGUUUGUUGACAUAUGUAUACUGAUAUAUUGUAUAUUAUGUUUUUUGAUAGCCGUAUGCGUAUACGUAUGUGAUAUAAAAUAGUUUUUUUCACUUUGUUAAUUUUUACAUAAUUUGUAUAUAAAAUACAUAAUUAUAUUUAAUAGUUCACUAAAUUAUAAUAAUAAUUAAUAUAUAUAUAUAUAUAUUCAUCUGUGUAAAACUGUCUUAAUU